UUUGUUAUCAUACUGGCAGUUUAACUUUACCAUACAUCUUCCAACUCAUGCCAAUUCAUUUCCCACCGCCACCCCUUGGAUUUUUGGUACUUCCAAUUUCCCAACAGAAUGAUUGAAUUAGUGAACCAGUUUUAUACACAAAUAUAUGUAUAUAUGGAGAGAGAAAGAGGAGAGAGAGGAGAGAGCAACUGGAUGUGUUUGUGUUUCCCACCAAUUUAACCUUUUUAUGCGACUGAAUAAUCCUUGAAAAGCUUGUUCCUCUCUUUCUUCUUCUCUCUCUCUCUUACUUUCUCUCUCCUCUCCUCUCCUCAAGUGGGUCAUUCUCUUCGAGGUCUUACUCUCCCACUUGCUGGUCUUUGCUGUCUUCUGCCUCUCCUACCUGCUCCCCUUUUUUUCUCUUUUAUUUUUCUUUCUAUUUUUUCAAACUCCAUACCAAUACCCUGCUCUCCCUUCUCUAUGCUUUUUUUUCUGUCUCUGAAUACAGAAGAAGAAGAUCCAAUUCUCCCAGCUGGGAGUUUCUGCUUUCUGAAAAGUUUUGCUUCGAGGAGGUAACAUGGAUGGAUCAAAAGUUUUGAUAUUUGAUUGAUACAAUCCUGUUGUGUUUUGCUGUUUUGGGUAUUUGUUUCUGGGGUGAACUUGAUAUCCAAUACUGGGGUUUUGUUUCUCUGUGGAAAAGCACUUUCAAUCUAGGCAUCUGGGGUUUUCCUGGUACUGGUAAAGGUUGAAACUUUACUGGGUAUCGCUUGGAAUGGUGGAUUUUGGAUAUGAUUGGGGGGUUUUGACCCUUUGAAGGGCUCUGUUAAGUGCUUCUGCAAAAAGAGCUUUUUGGAUUGCUUUUCGGCUUGUGGUGAUUUAGUGCUUAGGAUUUCAUGCUUGGUCCAACACAAUGGAGAUGCUUAUGGCCAGAUUUUUAUUUCUUUGGCAUUCGAUUUUGUUGUGACUUAUGAAAACAAUAUGAAGAACCUUAUUAAGAAACUGCAAAACAUGUCCAACCAAUCAAAAGAUUCAGAAGGGUCUGCAGCUUCAUCAAGGGGCAGUAAGUCCAUUAGCAAGUCGUCCUCUGAAAGGGAAAGGCUUUUGCACUCAAGGUCCCAUCAGGGUUCUGAGCAUAAACCCUUUUCGGGGAUUUCGGGUUGGUUGAAUUCAGUUGGCAAUAGGCAUACCCCUAGUCCUCCAUCAUCUUCAAAUGUCAAUAGGGCCGAGAGAAUGGAGCAGCCACCUGAUGCAGCUGUUAGUGGGAGUGGUUUAGAUGUUGUUUCCGAUACAGGUAGGCGCGAUUCGGGGUCUAGUACCUCAAGGGAUGCUGAUAUAACAGAAGAGUAUCAGAUUCAAUUGGCUUUGGAAUUGAGUGCUAGGGAAGAUCCAGAGGCAGUUCAGAUUGAGGCUGUUAAGCAGAUUAGCUUGGGGUCUAGUGCUCCUGAUAAUACUCCAGCUGAAGUUGUAGCAUACCGCUAUUGGAAUUACAAUGCUCUUAGCUAUGAUGACAAGGUCGUGGAUGGGUUCUAUGAUCUGUAUGGAAUAUUGACGGAGUCAACCUCAGAAAGAAUGCCUUCCCUUGUUGAUUUGCAAGGAGCACCUUUGUCAGAUAGUGUCACCUGGGAAGCAGUUUUGGUCAAUCGAGCUGCCGAUGCAAAUUUGUUGAAACUUGAACAGGUGGCCCUAGAAUUGGCUGUAAAGUCAAGUUCAGAUCCUCUGGUUUUUCUAAACAGCAAUCUGGUGCGAGAACUUGCUCUUUUAGUUGCUGACUACAUGGGUGGACCAGUUGUGAAUCCUGAAAACAUGUUGAGAGAAUGGCAAAAUCUUAGUUACAGUUUGAAAGCAAACAUUGGUAGCAUGGUUUUGCCACUGGGUUCUCUGAGGAUUGGAUUAGCUCGACAUCGUGCAUUGUUGUUCAAGGUUUUGGCUGAUAGUGUGAGCAUCCCAUGCCGGUUGGUGAAAGGACAACAAUACACGGGGUCCAGUGAUGUUGCAAUGAACUUUGUAAAAAUUGAUGAUAGGGAGUAUAUUGUUGAUCUGAUGGCAGACCCCGGCACACUUAUUCCAUCUGAUGCAGCUGGAUCACAUAUAGAAUAUGACGAAUCUUACUUUGCCGCCAGUCCUUUGUCUAGAGACAUUGAUUCCUCUCAUGUUGCUUCUUCCAGUAGUGGAGUUGGGAGUUCGUAUGAAGAACAUUCGGACUUUGGAACAUUAGAGAAGAAAUCCAGGUUAAGAAAUUUUGCUUCUUCCACAAGGGAUUCCGAAGAGAGAGAAAAACCAGUUUCUCGUGCAAAUUUACCCAGACCAACUGAAUGCGAGGAACAACCCAAGAUGCCUUCAGAUGAAUUUAGAUAUGCCUCUGACGUAGAAAAGAUGCUGGUGCAGGAACUUCCAGGAAAGCCAAAUUAUCCUUUUGCGCAUGCAAGAUCCCCUUCAUGGACUGAAGGUGUUAGCUCUCCAGCCGUUCAUAAAAAGAAGGUUAAGGAUGUUUCCAAAUACAUGAUUGUGGCUGCCAAGGAGAAUCCAAAUCUAGUUCAAAAGCUUCAUGAUGUUUUACUUGAAAGUGGAGUUGUUGCUCCCCCGAACCUGUUUAGGGAAAUAUAUCCAGAGGAGUUAGAUGUGUCAACAGUUGAGACCAAGCGCCAGGCAGAAGAUAAGAGCGAACAUAAAGAAAGGUUUGGAACACAAAAAGCUAUAAGUCAAGAUGAUAAAAGGCCAGCUCACUCUCUGCCUCCUUUGCCUCAGCAAAGGGUGAAUCUUAAAGCUAGUACUUCCGGUCAACCAGAGAUUCUUAAGCCUGUGGAAGGUUUAGGGGUCAGCCUUCCACUUGAUACGAGGGAAGUGACUGGCCAGAAUAUCUCAUCACAGCCUGAAGCAUCUCCAGUUAAACAUACAAAGAAUGUCCCUGUUGCUGCAGCAGCAGCGGCCGCAGCAGCUGUUGUUGCAUCGUCUAUGGUAGUUGCUGCAGCAAAGUCAAGUACUGACCCAACUCUCGAACUUCCUGUGGCGGCUGCUGCCACUGCUACUGCUGCAGCUGUGGUUGCAACAACUGCAGCUGUCAAUAAGCAAUAUGAGCAGGGUAUGAGAAGUGAUGGAGAUGCAGAAAGUGGUGGUUUUGAACCAAGGGGCAGUGGUGGCCGUGAACAUGAUGCUUUGGGAGUUAGUUCAGAAGGCGAGCGAACAUCAGAUCGAUCAGCAGGUAAUGAAAGCACUAGAUCUGACGUCACAAUUGAUGAUGUUGCAGAUUGCGAGAUUCCCUUUGAGGAUAUCAUCUUGGGUGAACGUAUUGGACUUGGAUCGUAUGGGGAGGUCUAUCAUGGAGACUGGCAUGGGACUGAGGUUGCUGUGAAGAGGUUUCUAGACCAAAAGUUUUUGGGCGAAUCACUUGAUGAAUUCAGAAGUGAGGUUCGGAUAAUGAAAAGAGUCAGGCAUCCUAAUGUUGUUCUCUUCAUGGGUGCAAUAACUCGCCCUCCAAAUCUUUCCAUUGUUACAGAAUUUCUUCCAAGAGGUAGUUUAUACAGGUUAUUACACCGGCCUAACAAUCAAUUAGAUGAGCGAAGGCGCUUGAGGAUGGCUCUUGAUGCGGCUCGCGGAAUGAAUUACUUGCAUAACUGCACUCCAGUAAUUGUACACCGUGAUUUGAAGUCUCCAAAUCUUCUUGUUGACAAGAAUUGGGUUGUGAAGGUCUGCGAUUUUGGAUUAUCACGAAUGAAGAACAGCACAUUUCUCUCAUCAAGGUCGACUGCAGGGACGGCUGAAUGGAUGGCUCCGGAAGUGCUACGAAAUGAACCUUCCGAUGAAAAAUGUGAUGUUUAUAGCUACGGGGUCAUAUUAUGGGAGCUCUUUACGAUGCAACAGCCAUGGGGGGGAAUGAACCCGAUGCAAGUUGUUGGUGCGGUUGGAUUUCAGCAUCGCCGUCUUGAUAUUCCAGAUAAUAUAGAUCCUGCAGUUGCAGAUCUCAUUAGAAAAUGCUGGCAAACAGAUCCAAAAUUGAGACCGUCCUUUGCUGAGAUCAUGGCUACUCUGAAACCGUUGCAGAAGCCGAUAAGAGAAGUGCACAGACCUAGUGCACAAGUAGGCAGUGACCAUCGGAAGGUUCAGCCAUCCUGCGCCGGAGAAUCCCCAGCUGGCUGGCUGAAAUAGUGAAUAUUGGCUUGUUUGACAGCCAAAGUAUGGAUGAAGGCAAGUUGUACAUUUGAUUGGAACAACUUCUGAGAAAGAGAUUGAAGAUCAUGACCUAACAUAUACUCCAAUUUGAAAAUUUUCAUUUUCCUUUUUUAUUUUUCGGUUUCCUCCUCAUUUCUGUUUUCCCAACAGGGCGGCCAUGUGCAAGGUUGUGUAUUUGUUUGUAAAGAAUUCAUUGGCAAUUGUUGUAAUCGAUGUUUUGAUUUCCA